AGGGCCCCCACUGUCCCCUUCCCUAUCCCUAUUCUCCCUAACUUUAUUUCCUUCCCGUCUCAGAAAUUUCCACGUAACUCUAAAAACAACUCCACAUGGUCAAUGAUCACCUUUCCUAACUAUCUCCGAUCACCGCCCAAUUCACCAACCUAGGUUUUCAUAACUCUCGUUCCUAGCAAGCUCAAUCCCCCCAUGAUCGAGGGUGAUAAUACAGUAGAACAGUGCACUUCAAUUAAGGAUAAUAUGGAUGACAAGCAGCUGAUCCGAGUUCCUCCGCCACGUGGCGAGAAGACGAAGAGAGGAAGGCCGCCACGUGGAGAAACGGCGAUGAGAGCUUCGCAAGCGAAGAGACAGCGAUUGGUGGAGGAGGAGGAAGGGGAAGAUGUUUGCUUUAUUUGUUUCGAUGGUGGUUCUCUUGUCCUUUGCGAUCGCAAGGGGUGUCCGAAGGCAUACCAUCCAGCUUGUAUUAAGCGAGAUGAGGCAUUUUUCCGCUCCAAGGCUAAAUGGAACUGCGGUUGGCAUGUUUGUAGUGUUUGUCAAAAGGCUUCCCACUAUAUGUGCUAUACUUGUACAUAUUCAGUGUGCAAAGGAUGUACAAAAAAUGCUGAUUUCUUGUGUGUUCGAAGAAACAAAGGCUUUUGCUCAACAUGCAUGAGAAUUGUCAUGCUGAUUGAGAAUAUAGACCAAGGGAUCAAGGAGAUGGUUCAAGUAGAUUUUGAUGACAAAAGUAACUGGGAGUAUCUCUUCAAGGUAUAUUGGAUGUUCUUAAAAGAAAAAUUAUCCUUAACACAAAGUGAACUUAUUCAAGCUAAAAAUCCCUGGAAAGGAUCAGAUGCAGUACAUGCUAAGCAACAGCGACUACCUUUUGGUCAUCCUGUUGCAUUUGAUGGCAAAGGUAUUGCGAGCAAGUCUCUAGGCCAUCUGGAGCUGAAUAAACCCAAAGAAUUGCUGGAGCCACCUUGCAAGGACCCUCCAAUCGCUGAAAUCCAAACAAUUGCUGAGGCUGAAAAUAUAAGGUCUCCUGGUUGUACUCCGCAGUUGGAGCAAGCGCAGCCCAUAGAGCUAGAGUUACAGAGUAAAGAUUCUUUAAAGACAGAAGAAGCAAGCACCGCAACGGCGACAUCACUGAAUGGAUGCAAAGCAUGGGCGUCCAAAGAGCUUUUGGAGUUUGUUGCACACAUGAAGAAUGGUGAUACUUCUGCUCUAUCACAUUUUGAGGUCCAGGCACUAUUACUAAAGUACAUAAAGAGAAAUAAGCUUCGAGAUCCUCGUCAGAAAAGUCAAAUAAUUUGUGAUUCGAGGCUUAAAAGUCUUUUUGGAAAACAUCGUGCUGGCCACAUAGAAAUGUUAAAGCUUCUUGAAUAUCACUUUCUGAUAAAUGAGGAUUCACAGAGGAGUGCGUUUAUACCAGCUGGAAUUGUUGGAACUGUUACUAACCGUGCGGAGGCUGAUGAUAAUAAUGAUACAUCGUUCUUGAUCAAUAAAACUAAGAAACGUAAAUCUCGUAAACACUCUGAAGAAAGUUUAGUGCAGAUAAAUCUAGAUGAGUAUGCAGCAAUUGAUGCUCAUAAUAUCAAUCUCAUAUAUUUGCGGCGUGACUUGAUGGAGAGUCUUAUUGAAGAUAUGGAGAAGUUCCAAGGCAGAGUUAUUGGCUCAGUUGUCCGGAUAAGAAUAUCUGGUAACAAUCAGAAGCAAGAUAUGUACAGGCUUGUCCAUGUCGUAGGUACAAGCAAGGCAUCUGUUCCAUAUAAGAUUGGGGAUAAGACAGCUGAUGUACUGCUUGAAGUAUUAAACUUAAACAAGAAAGAGGUUCUUCCUAUUGAUUCUAUUUCAAAUCAAGAUUUCUCUGAGGAUGAAUGCAGAAGAUUACGUCAAAUUAUAAAAUGUGGGCUUGUCAAGCGACUGACCAUAGGCGAGAUACAGAAGAAAGCGAUGGAACUUCGUGCAGUAAAACUCAAUGAUUCUCUGGAAGAAGAGAUCCUGCGACUCAACAAUCUUCGUGAUAGAGCAAGUGAGAAAGGGCGUAAGAAAGAGCUCAGAGAAUGUGUAGAGAAACUAGUGCUUCUGAAGAUGCCUGAAGAACAUCAGCGGAGGCUACGUGCAAUUCCAGAAGUGCAUGCUGAUCCAAAGAUGGAUCCUAAUUAUGAAACUGAAGAAGAUGCUGGAGAAUCUGACGAAAAAAAACAAGCUGAAUAUGGGGGGCCAAAAUACACUAGAUUUUGUAGAAGGGAAGACAAGCUUAUGUCUUCACGGAGGAAAGAUAAAGAGGGACCUAUCAUGGUUCGAUGUAAAGUGAGUGAGAAAAGAGAGGCUCAUGGAUAUAUUAUGAAGAAGCUCGGGAAUCAAGGUACUGCAUGUCAGGCUGUGGAUAGGUCUUCAUCUGAAACUUCAAUUACAAGCUUCUCGACAGUGAACUCAACAUCCACUAACAAUAGUGAAACAGACAAGCUUUGGCAUUACCGUGACCCUAGUGGUAGAAUACAAGGACCAUUUUCAGUGACGCAGUUGAGAAAAUGGAAUAAGUCGGGGCUUUUCCCACUUGAUAUGAGGAUAUGGACAAAUGAUGAGCACCAUGACUCAGUACUUUUAACAAAUGCACUAAAUGGGCUGUUCCAUACAGCUCCUCAGGUGCAUGGUGAGAUUUCCCACCAGUCUCAGGAGCUUGGUGCUGUUUCUGUUAACAGUAGUAUUGGGUGGUGUGAAAGUGCAGCUAAAACAGGGAGAGAAUGUGGAGAUAGGGAAGUACCUCGGCACCUCCGUAUUACAAAUAACCAUUCUAAUGGUAAUACUGAGACUGCGAGGAUGGAUGGGCUGUCCUCAUGUUCUCCACAAUGUUUGAACUUGAAUAACUCUUAUUCUGACAAACCCAAUCCAUCCAGCCCAGUCUCUUCAUCAUGUCAUGGGAACGUGCGCGGAGCUCCUCCGCAUGAGAAAAGAUGCCAUGAAAUUGUUGAUUCUCAGUCCAGUACAGGUCAUGGGGUUCAGGACUCGAGUGGAAGCACAAUGUUUCAGAUAUCUCAUGGCUGCAACCAUAGUAUGCAAUCUCACAAAAAGAGGCAUGUAGGGCAGUCUUCUGGACAGAACUGGAGAUCCUCAAACAGCAAUAGAAGUUCAUUUAACAUGAAUUCUGGAUCUAGUUUUGCCUCAGUUGCCAAGUCAACUGAUUCAUUUGAACAGAAAGGUAUCACAAGUUAUCCGGAUCUGCCCAGUCCAACCCCAAAAACAAGCUAUGACGAUAUUGAAGCUCAGGCUGCUGAAGAGCUACUUUCUUUGAGUUCGGUUGUUCCAGUAUGUGCUUCAAAUAUCCAGGAUUUGCCAAGUCCUACACCAAAAUUGGAAUGCGAAGCUCCAGUUGGGCAGGCUGCAGCAGAAAAAGAAUCUUUAACUUCUAGUUUUCCUGUUCAGGAUGCAGGCCCUAGUUGGAGCAGUGCUUCUAGUCUGGUGAUCGAUGGGGUCCAACUUCCUGAAAUAGCUAAUGGAUUGGGUGGAUAUUCACCAGCUGCGAAACCAUCUUUAGACUCUGAUCUUAUCUCUGAUUCUGCACCGAAACCAGCUGAAGCAGUGGGUAAUCAUGUCGACACACCUACUUCGGAUGCCAACCAACUCAAUCAUAAUUCCUCAUGUCAUCCAAUCUCAAACAUAUCCGAUUGGCGAGCAAACUUUGGUGAGCCAAUAGAGUUCAGCACUUUGGAUGAGGAAUCAGUGUCAGACCUAUUAGCCGAAGUUGAUGCAAUGGAAUCUCAAACUCAAAGUGGUAUGGGUUCACCAACCUCCGCCAUGAGGUGCAGUGAGGAGACAAUAUCUGUGUGUAAAAGUGACUUUUUCAGCUUUUUUGAGGAGUUUAGUCCCCCACCUGAUCCUGCAAAAAAUGAUGCCUUGGGCUCCACUGAAGAUGUACAAUUACCUUGCCAAUCCUCUCUGACAGAUGAACUAGCCGGGACAUCACAGGCUGAAGCUUUUGAUCCUUUAAAGAGGUCUAGCAGGACUUCAUCUCCUAGCAGUGAGGGAGAAACAAAGUCGGCUGAUGUUUCCUUUUCCCAGGGGGAAGCUGGGUCCAACGUACCUACACCCUGUACCACGAAUAAAACUGCAGUUCCAGUCAUCAGCCAGAGUGCAGGACUGGAGGCUAUAACCACGGACUGUUGUGCAGCACCUGGAAACAUGACUUGCGGUGUACCAGUUCAGGGAUUCACAAAUGUUAUCCGAGGUUGCAGUACGGUGACUGCAUUAGGACGUUCAAACAUGAAUCAUUCCCCUUUCACUGGGAAUCCAUUGUCUGAAAGCCAGUGUAUAUACUCAGGGGAGAGGUCUGGUGGUCCAAGAGACUUGGUUUUCCAGUAAGGGACUCGGGAUUCGGAAGGGAUAGGCCAUCGCGGUGCAUACAGCAAUUUGGUGGCAGGAGAUACUCUGGACCUCCUCCAAAAGGAUGUGUUUGCAAAUUUAAUGAGGAUGGGCAUUGCAAUAAGGGGGCUUCGUGUGACUACUUGCACCUUUGAAAGAAUGAAUUCAUAGGUGAAUUCACGGCAAUUGCUUUAAUCUUUUUUGUACAACCAUUUUUUUUUUUUAAGAGUAAGAUAAUCAAGAUGUAGCUAAAAUGUUAGUAUAAUUUAACUGAAAAUUUCAGUUAAAAACGACAGAAUACAAAAAAAAUUCCCACUGAACCAUAAUGACCAGGUAGAAACCAGUACACCAAGCAGACAAAAAUAUUGUAUUAUCCUUUUAUUUGAUCCUGAAACUAUUGCUCAUGUACAAGCUACAGAACUACGGCAGUGAUUUGAUGAUAAUCAGGAAUUUAUACGUAACACAUUAGAGAGAA